UCCACCUGUGCCCCACCAGACCAAUUUGAUUCCUCCUGUGCCCCACCACAGCAAUUUGACUCCACUUGUGCCCUACCACAGCAAUUUGAUUCCAUUUGUGCCCCACCACACCAAUUUGAUUCCACUUGUGCCCCACCAGACCAAUUUGAUUCUACUUGUGCCCCACCACAGCAAUUUGACUCCACUUGUGACCCACCACAGCAAUUUGACUCCACUUGUGCCCCACCAGACCAAUUUGAUUCCACCUGUGCCCCACCACAGCAAUUUGACUCCACUUGUGCCCCACCACACCAAUUUGAUUCCAUUUGUGCCCCACCACACCAAUUUGAUUCCACUUGUGCCCCACCAGACCAAUUUGACUCCACUUGUGCCCCACCAGACCAAUUUGAUUCUACUUGUGCCCCA